CCCAUCUCCCCUGCUCUGUAAACAAACACCGUUUGUCCUUUCUCUGCUGCAGCGCGUUGCAGCCUCUCUCUCUCUCUCUCCCUCUCCCUCUCUCGCUCUCUCUCUCUCCAUGUCCAUGGAGGCUCUCCGUCUCAAUCUUUCUCAUUUCUUACCCCUGCGCCCCGAACUCUCAAAGCAUUCCAAUGAGGCUUCCAAAAGGAAGAAAAGGAGCAGCUUCUGCACGCCACUCGUCGUCACUGCCACAUUUUCGAAAUCAGCGGCCGAGACCUCCCAUAAACCCUCCGCCGCCACUCCCGUGAAGUUCCUCUCCCCCGCGCCUCCCCUUCUCAGGGCCUCCGCCGAUUCCCUACAGUACCCCUCUGGUUGCCUCGGUGGCAUAACGGACCGUAUUGUGGCCGACGGGUUGCUCACCGCCAUGGGCUGCCUGACCAACAUUCUCUCCUCCAAGGUCUGCGACGUGGCGAUUGAGUCGCCCUUGCAGUUGGCGACGAAGCUCUCCGAGCGGUUGCAAGCUCAAGUCUGGCUCAAAAGAGAGGAUUUACAGCCUGUUUUCUCAUUCAAAUUUAGAGGAGCAUAUAAUAUGAUGGCAAAGCUUCCUAGAGAACAGUUGGAAAGGGGGGUUAUAUGCUCAUCAGCCGGAAAUCAUGCCCAAGGGGUAGCUUUAUCUGCACAGAGACUUGGUUGUGCUGCUGUUAUUGCCAUGCCUGUUACCACACCAGAAAUUAAGUGGAUGUUAGUUGAGAGGUUGGGUGCCACUGUUGUUCUUGUGGGUGAUUCUUAUGAUGAAGCACAAGCAUAUGCUAAGAAACGAGCUGAAGAAGAAGGUCGUACAUUCAUUCCCCCCUUUGAUCAUCCAGAUGUCAUCACGGGGCAAGGAACAAUUGGGAUGGAGAUUGUGCGACAGAUGCAAGGCCCGUUGCAUGCAAUUUUUGUUCCUGUGGGUGGUGGUGGAUUAAUUGCUGGUAUUGCUGCUUAUCUAAAGAGGGUUUCUCCAGAGGAUUUGGUCGUGGCUGCCUCUUGAAAUUCUGGAACACGGUUGUGUGCUCGUGUGCUGCUGCUAUUUUGCUGUGUUGCUGGGUUGCUCAGCCAUCUCUCUUUGGUUCUCCUUGCCUUCCUUGCUAUGUGACUGGGCAGUAUAUUUUGUGCUUCAUCUUUUGUAUUGAGUGUAUUGUUAUGGCUUCAACAAUAAAGAUUCAGCUAAUAGUGUUGAUAUGUAGAUUGCAGCCCUAAAAGUGGCUGGCUCUGCUAAAUGCUAAUUAUCUUUCAUGAUCAGAGGCUAUGUGGCUGUAUAUCAAUGCAAGAGACAAGAUUAAGCUCCAUCUCAAUGAAUGGAGUAAACGGAUAUUGUUCAUGUGUGGUUGUGGAAUAGUAUGAAACCAAGGAAAGUUGCAGCUA